AUGAACGGAAUGGGUGGUGGCAUGGGCAUGGCAGCGCCGCCUGGUGCCUUUUACCACCGCCACAUGAUGAUGCACAUGACAUUCUUUUGGGGGAAAAGCACCGAAAUUUUGUUCCACGGAUGGCCAGGAUACAACAACUCCGGCAUGUACGCUCUCGCCCUUGUGGUGGUGUUUCUCCUGGCGGUUACCGUCGAGUGGCUCUCACACUGUAAUUACAUCGAAGAAACCUCCAAUCGUCUGGUGGCGGGGCUGCUUCAAACUCUAAUGUACGCUAUAAGGGUUGGUUUGGCUUACAUGGUGAUGCUGGCCGUGAUGUCUUUCAACGGAGGCGUUUUUCUGGUUGCAAUCGCCGGCCACACCGUCGGAUUCUUUGCAUUCGGGAGUAGAUUUUUCAAGAAACCAUCGCCGCCAGCUGGUUUUGCGAAAACCUUGGAUCUUCCUCCGAUGAGUAACAUGAGUUGCUGA